UUUGCAUUUGUGCAAAUUAAUCGCAUAAGCAAAAACUAAAAGAAUAGUAAUGGCGGUACCGAAAAACAAACGAAGCAAGGCAAAGGUCAAGCAACGCGGCAACAUUAUAUUUUUUGAUCAGCUUUGUGGUAACUGGUUACGUUAUAGGGAUUGGUUCUACCGAGGACUAUCGGCACAAAGGAGGCUACCUAAGAGUUUCGAAGGCCUCAGUCCACCUAUUCAACGACCUGUAUUAUUCAGUGGAUUUUGGUCACCCAGUUUCGUCUCUGCAGCCUUCCGCGGCAUAAAGAAGACUGCGCGCUAACCAAUUUAUAUGAUCG